AUGUUUUCCCCAGCCCUCAGCAGACCCUACAAGAAGACUAGCCACAACAUCUUUGGACCUCCCCCUGUCGAAAAGUCUACCCCUGUCGCCGUCGCGGCUUCAGCACCAGUAGCAGCAGAGAAGUAUUCAUUGGAGCCCUCAGCAUUGGAGGCGGAACUGGAGCGCAACGAGGAGCAACAACAAGGGUUGAAGGCGUCGAUUGUGGGCCCCUUGGAGCUAACGACAGAGGAUUUGGAGAAGCAACCCCUGUACCUGGCCCUGCACCGAUCUCGGCUGGUUAUAGGAUUCAUCCCAACUACCGUUCUUCCUUUACCAUUGGCGGUUUGCGAUAGGAGUGGCUGGAUGCAUGCUAUUUUCUAUUUUUCACAUACACAAGAUCCCUUUACACCCAAAAUAUCUAAAAAAAAAUGA